AUGGUUCUUGAAAUUGAUGUAAAAAUCCUAAAAAGUAAGGAAACUCUGCUUGAAAUACUUCCUAAAUUAUAUGAAGUUCUCCAAUCAGGAAGGACCUUAACAAUUUCUUGGCCUAAAAAUCAAAAAGACAUCUAUUGGGAACAUUUCAAAGAAAAUCAAAAGAUCAAGAAUUCAACUCAAUAUCAGAUUCUUCUUAAUUUAGUAGAUGCAACAUUACCCUAUCCAGAUCUAUAAAGCAAGAUGUAAUCACAAUAUUUCUCUGUUUAGAAUUGUAACUCUUGCCUUAUAUCAUGUGGAGCAAAAACAAUGUCUUGAAGUUUUGAAGCAUAUCAAGAGACUAUCUCAAAUGAAAAUACCUUAAUCUCUUAGACAACAAUACCUAUUUGCAUUGAAAUAUUUAAAAUAGAAUGUUAAUGAGAUCCAAGAAAUUGAAUAAGUAUAAAUAAUUAUUGAAAUAUUGCUCUACGAAAAUUAAAUAUCCAAAGAGGAACUCAAGCAAUUCUAUGUAUUGUUUAUUUAUUAAAUAUUCUAAGGAGCAAAAGAAAAUAGAUAUUGAAAAAAAUGAUUAAGUAAAUAUUUGGUAUGUUGAGCAAAUUUGGAAUUAUGAAAAGAAUAAUUUUAAAUUAUUAGAUAUAUUGUUUCAAUACUACUCUAAUUAAAACAAUCAUCAAAAGGCAGAAUAGAUAUUUAUAUCCUUCGCCAAUUUAUAGUACCGAUAGCAAAUUGGAUUGGAUUAAAUAUAAGGCGAAUUUGAGUAAUGUAAAAAGGAGUACGAAUAAAAUAUAAUUGAAAUUGAUACUUUGUCUACUAUUUUUGAAGAUAAAAAUCCCACUGAUGAAUCCUUACAAUAGCAAUCCCUAUUCUCUAUUACGAGACUGAUUGAACUGAAAUAAAAAGUGGGCUGUCCAAUAAUUGACAUGAUCUAUUUAUAUUAAAAAUAGGCAUAGAUUCAGAAAUCAAGGUCUGAUUUAGAUUUAGCCAUCAAAACACUUAUGCAUUGUUUAGAAUUAAUUAAAGCUGAAAAACUAAUUAAUUAUAAUUCCAGAAUCAUUUUAUUAGAAUCUCUGUGUUAUGAUCAACUUGGAGAUUAUUAGAGAAUUAAGAAUUUGCUAUAGGAGGCUCUCCAAUCCUUUUAGGACUCGAAUAUUUUAAAAGAAGAGAUUAAAGAUAAAUGUGAUCCGAAAAAAUUAAUUUACACCAAAAUGUACUUAGCCAGCACAUAUUAUAAAUUAAAAAACUUAGACAAAUCUCUGGAAGUCUUUUAUUAGGUGUUAAAGAUAUAAUUACAUGUAAUUUUAAUUGUUUUAUGAUAGGAAGACUAUGAAAGUCAUCUGAUUGGUUCUACCUAAAAUAAUAUAGCUUCAAUUUUAUUAAAUUAAGGAAAGUUUUUAGAAGCGAAAGAAAUGUGUGAAUAGGCUAUUGAAAACAUAGGUAAAAGGUUCACAGACUCGGAUCCUGUAAUGAAGAAAGUUAAGCAGCUCAAGGAGAAAAUAGAUGUCUCAGUAUCUUCACAAAAAACUUAAUGA